AGAUAUGUAUCACCUCCAAUUCUCUUUAUUACUCCUCCCACACCCCAUCCCCUUCAGUCUCCGGCCUCCAUUUUCUCUUCUUUUCUUUUCUUUCUUCUAAACAUAUACGAAUAUACACAUCAAUGGCCAACGGGAAUGAGUGUACGGUAGACAUCCACCGCAUGGACGAGCAAGCGUCGGGACCUGGCGGCGGCGGCGGAAGGCCGGUGUCGGGGUUACGGUGGAUGGCGACGGCGGUGAAGGGGGCGGGGAGCGCCUGCUUUCGCACGCUGACGGGGCCGGCGGCGGGACCGCUCAUCUUCGCGUGCGUGUGCUCGGCGCUGGCCUACGGAACCAAGAGGCGGAGGAAGCCGGACGUGCUCCACCGACCGUUGCCCAUCGCCGCGCUCCACCGAUCGUUGUCCAUCGCCGCGCUCCACGGCGGGGAGGCGGCCUUGGAGAGGAUCCUGGACGCCCAGGAGGCGCGCGUCGACAAGGGGGCGCUCGACACUGCCGCCGAACAAAUGCGGUUGCUGCUCGCAAAGGAGCCCAUGACUAUAAGCUACAAGGAAUUGCACAGAGCUGCAGCAAAACUGGAGAUGAGUGGAAAGGAGGAUGAGGCAAUAAAAAUGUUGGAAAAAGCAGCACAGGAGGCUGACGAAAAGAAGCAGCCUCAUGAAGCACACGAGCUUCAAAUGUUGCUAGUUGAAAUGCUCAUAUACAAGGGAGAGUACAAGAAGGCUCUAGGGUGCAAGUGCCUUGAGGACAAGGUAAUUUCUGAUGCCCGAGGUCCCCUUUAUAAGGCGAUAAUUCACUCCAUAUUGGGUGACAUGGAGAAAGCUAAAGAGUGCUACAAGGAGUUUCAGGACGUUCGCAGCCGCUUCCAUUGGCCUGAGUCUAUUAAGGAGGGAUCUCCACUUUAUGGCAUCGUGCAUGAUUUCGGCAAAUUUGAGAAGGUCGUUGGCAAUCUAAAGAAAGAGAUCGAUCAUGCUAAGACCAUGCCUAAAUAAAAUAAAGAGGGGAUGGUGCAAAAGGGAGGUUGUUAUAUAUUAAUAAUUUGUGUGAAACUAUAUUCUUUAAUUUUAUGAGAUUUGGGCUAUUUAUCCUGCAUUAA